UUGUUGCUUGACCGGUUGGAACUGAACGUGUCUUUAACAACUCAUUGACUCUAAACAGUUCUAAUCAAGUAUUUCAGAAUUGUUUAAUUGUCUUUAAAUAAUUCCGAUUACACUUUCGUUUCGAUUAAACGCUGUGAUUUUUAAUCGCGUGGUGCUAUCUUAUUGUCAUUUUUAUUCGUUUCUUGUGACUUAUGGUAUGGUGAUAUAAACUUUUGGCCCCUUUGAUCGACGCUUUAAUCGUGUUGUGUUUUGUGCAGUGAUAUAACACCAUCAUUCUCCCGGCACAGCAGCUGGGGGCGGUGGCACCAUGGCCAUCCGCUAUCACAUCCGUGGACGAUAUGGCACACAAAGGUCAUAGCGGUGUGAACCAGCUAGGGGGGGUGUUCGUCAGCGGGCGACCCUUGCCGGAUUCCACCAGACAGAAGAUCGUCGAACUUGCUCAUUCCGGAGCCCGACCCUGUGACAUCUCCAGGAUACUACAAGUCUCCAAUGGAUGUGUCUCCAAGAUACUUGGCAGCUGUUUGGCCUCUUCCCCCAGGUACUACGAGACUGGAUCAAUCCGACCUCGGGCAAUCGGUGGUUCAAAGCCCCGAGUGGCGACUGCAGAAGUGGUGUCAAAAAUAUCAUCGUACAAACGCGAGUGUCCUUCGAUAUUUGCCUGGGAGAUCCGAGAUCGACUGUUACAAGAGGGUGUCUGUACCAACGACAACAUACCGAGCGUCUCGUCGAUAAACAGGGUUUUGCGAAAUUUGGCGGCACAAAAGGAACAAUCGUCCCAGAAUCCUCCGGUUUCGUCCGGAAAUGACAGUGUAUACGAUAAGCUCCGUCUUCUGAACGGAAACCAAGGAAGUUGGAGACCGACGCCAUGGUAUUCUCCCGGCAACACUUCCUUUCCGCUUCAGCCGUUAAGUCCUCCGCCUACCAUUUUAGCCGAUGACAUCAACAAAAAAGUGACGGACCUAGACGGAAUUAACUCCGACGAGACAAACUCCGGUGAUAACUCCAACGCCGGCUCAAGUAUAGGUCCCGACGAUGACCAAGCAAGACUUAGGCUAAAGAGGAAGUUGCAAAGAAAUCGGACAUCUUUCACAAAUGACCAAAUAGACAGUCUCGAGAAAGAAUUCGAAAGAACGCAUUAUCCAGAUGUCUUCGCGCGUGAAAGGUUAGCAGCAAAAAUCGGCCUUCCGGAAGCAAGAAUUCAAGUGUGGUUUUCGAAUCGGAGGGCUAAGUGGCGAAGAGAGGAGAAGUUGAGGAAUCAACGACGGGGGGCGCCGGCACCGGCCGAACAUCCAGGACCGGCGGCGUCGCCCCCGAGGCUUCAGGGAUUUAAUAACACCUCGAUGUACUCGCCGUUACCACCGCCAAUGUCCAUUGCGGAUACAUACAGUUCGAUGUCGUCGAUGUCGACAUUUAAUCACGGAGGGUUGACUUCGAGCAUGGGCCCCUCUCCGGGUGCGUGUUUGCAACAAAGGGAAAGUCCGAGUAUGGGCGGAGCAAUGAGCGGUUAUUGCAUGGGACGUCCACCUAGUUAUGACUUGGGGAUCGGAUAUGGGUCAAGACCGUCGCCUUGUAGCCCCACUCAGCCCUAUCAGAUGAACGGACACCAAUAUAACACAAACGGGACAUCGUCGACAGGAUUGAUAUCACCUGGAGUUUCAGUCCCGAUUGCGGUUCCGGGUCAAGCUGAUAUGACGUCUCAAUACUGGCCUCGUUUACAGUGACCUUGGUGGACCUAAAUGAUUUUGGCAUAAAUGUUCUUACCCCCUUUCUAGUAUUGUUAAAAUUUUGCAGUUGGAAAUUUGGAUGGAUGGGAAGUGAGUGAAAACCGGGUGUUUCCAUUCCUUGAGUCAACUUAUUCAUUCCAAAGAAUUAGUGUAUAAUUCAUAUUUUUGAUCAUUCUUUGUGUAAAUGUGAUCAGGAAAUUCGUUCAAAUAUGUGAGAUGAGGAUUCAUUUUUAAUUAUUUUAUGUAACGACAUAUCCAAUAUCAAAAUAAAAUGUUUCUUUUAAAUAGGACUA